CGUUACGUCAUGACGUCUGGGCGCAGCGUUCUGACUAUAAAACCUCGUGCAGCCGAGUAAGCGUCACUUCGUUAAGAAAGUCAGACACGAAUCCAUCACCAUGAAACUGAUCAUCUUCGCCUCUGUUGCCCUCGCCGCCGUCGCCGGUCUGGUCUUCGCCGACGAAUUCAACUUCGGCAAUAAUUUUGACGAUGGAUAUGGCGGUGGCUAUGGAUACGGACUCGGAUCCCUGAGCCUUGGAUCCCUGGGUGGCGGAUACGGAGUCGGAUCCCUGGGUGGCGGAUACGGACAUGGAUCUUCAUUCGGAUCCGGAUACGGACAGGCUGCCUACGUCCCCGUGCCCGUUGGAAGGGGAGGCUCCGGAAGCUCCGGAAUCAGCGGUCUCUUGCCCCUGCUCGGUCUCCUGUUCCUGCUUCCUCUGCUCUUCAACAGAAACACUGCCACAACUUCCGACCAGAUCCUCCUCAUCAACUCUACCCUCACCGGUGGAAAAUGAACAAGAUGCCGGGUAUAUUUAUUGGCAACGUCAUCAGAACACACGUGGUCGCACAUUGGUCAGCGCUUGUUUCCU